AUGCGGUUUCGUAGAUGCGAAGAGUUGGUCGCAGGUGCGAGUGUGGGCUAUGUGGAGGAAUUCCACAGAAGCGGAGGGGUUCCGCAGGAGCGGUCUCCGCAAAUGCGUUUGCUGACCGCAGAAGCGGUCCGUGUUGGUGAUGGGUCUUCCGCAGAAGCGACAGUUUCAGCCUCUACCGCAGCAGCUACUUCUCAGGCCGGGGGAGGCAAUCAGACCCCCGCUGCUUGCACACCCAAGCAGUCGGCCCGUUCCGAGUAUCGUGGGGCAUCUUCAGGUCGUGGUCAUCAGGGUUUUCAGCAGAGUCAGCAAUCUCUUAGCGCUCUUCCAGCACAAGGUUCAUCUCGAGCUCCAUCUGUUCAGGGUUCUUCUAGGCCGAAUGCGAAGAGUGCGAGUGUGGGCUAUGUGGAGGAAUUCCGCAGAAGCGGAGGGGUUCCGCAGGAGCGGUCUCCGCAAAUGCGGUUGCUGACCGCAGAAGCGGUCCGUGUUGGUGAAGGGUCUUCCGCAGAAGCGGUAGGUUGUGCGCAGAUGCGGUCACCGCAGGAGCGGGAUUGGACCGCAGAAGAGGUCCUGGGCAUAUUAGUGAGUUCUGCAGAAGAGGAUGGAAAACCGCAGAAGCGAUCCAGGUAUUUGGUCAAUAGUAGCUGCAUGGAUUGUCGCAGCGGAGACUCAAGAAAACAAUCCAAGGCCAAAAAUAUCAGAAAGCGUCCUACGCUUGAAGAGGGGGAGAAUGAAGAUGCAGAAGGUGAAAGUUCAGUCAUAUAUAUGAAGAAAAAGCCAGCAAUUGCAGAUUUUUCUACUGGACCUCCAAAGUGUAACAAGGCCCCUCUUUUUUAUUUUGAGUCCCCAAAGGAAAUUACAGUUCAAAAUGACAGUAGAGCAACAGCAUCUUUAGAAACUGAGACUGAGUUCUCUAAAGAUGCUCGGGCCAUUCGAGAGAGGGUUCUAAAGCUGGGUGAGGAGGCUAUAAAAGGAAAAUCUAAGAGCAGCGGUGAUCAACCACUAUACAAAGGGAUGAAUCAAUACACUGAUUACAAAGCUGGUUUAAGAAGAGAACAUACAAUUUCCAGUGAGAAAGCUUGUGGCGCGCACGGUCCUCUUAGGGCUUCUGCCCACAUCAGAGUUUCAACGAGGUUUGACUAUCAGCCAGAUAUAUGUAAAGACUAUAAAGAGACGGGAUAUUGUGGAUAUGGGGAUGCUUGCAAAUUUCUGCUUGACCGGGGAGAUUGUAAGUCUGGGUGGCAGCUUGAAAAAGAGUGGGAGGAAGCUGAGAACGAGAGGAAAAGAAAAUUGGCUAUGGGGAUGCUCGAUGAGGAUGGUGAGAAUGCAGAGAAGAGUGAUGAAGAUGAUGACAACUCUUUACCAUUUGCUUGUUUUAUCUGCAGACAGCCUUUCGUUGAUCCCGUCGUGACCAAAUGCAAGCAUUACUUCUGUGUGCAUUGUGCAUUAAAGCACCAUGCUAAGAACAAGAAGUGUUUUGUAUGCAACCAGCCAACCCUUGGGAUAUUCAAUACAGCACUUGAAAUACGCAAGAGGAUGGCGGUCCAAGGAAAAUGA